GAGAGGAAAGGGAUAGGCAUAAUAUGAAAGCUAUAGAGGAUGGAUUUGAUCUGUUGUUGCCACACGUGGAAGUGAAAUGAAUCCAGCAGAACACUGGUUGCAACGGAUUUCAACUAUUGUGAGAGCGUGACAACUGCCUUGAGGAGAAAGAACUAUAUAGUCUGCCUACCUCAGAUGGAACAUCACCUUUAGCUUUGUGCACUGAAAUAAAGGACAAAGUAAACAGAUUUUUCAUCAUGGAUUGUCAAGAAAAUGAGUACCGGAACCAAUGGGGGCGCUGUGUCACCUGCCAAAAAUGUGGCCCUGGACAGGAGCUCUCCAAGGAUUGUGGUUAUGGAGAAGGUGGAGAUGCAUACUGCACAGCCUGCCCACCCCGAAAGUAUAAAAGCACAUGGGGGCAUCACAGUUGUCAGACUUGCAUCACCUGUGCUGUCAUCAAUCGGGUCCAGAAGGCAAACUGCACAAAUACCUCUAAUGCUAUCUGUGGAGACUGUCUGCCCAGGUUCUACCGAAAGACACGCAUUGGGGGCCUUCAGGACCAAGAAUGCAUCCCUUGUACAAAGCAGACUCCUUCUUCUGAGGUUCAGUGUACCUUCCAGUUGAGCUUAGUGAAGGUAGAUGCACACACUAUUCCUCCUAAGGAAGCCACACUUGUUGCACUGAUGGGCAGUCUGCUAGUGGUGUUUUCCUUUGCCUUCCUUGGCCUCUUCUUCCUAUAUUGCAAGCAUAUCUUCAACAGACAUUGUCAAUGUGUUGCAGGAGGUUCCUUGCAAUAUGAGGCUGAAAAUGCAGUGGAAGAAGAUUCUCUUUUCCCCAUGCCAACUGGCCAGGAGACCAGUCCAGAAUUUCCAGUGAAUGAGAGCAUCUUUGAGAUUAAGCCACUUAACUCCAUCCUGGAUGACGACUGCAGCUCCACUCGUGGCUUCCCCACACAGGAGUCCUUUACCAUUGCUUCGUGUGCCUCAGAGAGCCAUUCUCAAUGGGUCCAUACCCCCAUUGAAUGUACAGAGCUGGACUUGCAAAAGUUUUCCAGCUCUGCCCCCGGGACUGGAGUUGAAAACUUGCGAGAGAACACAGCUGAAAGCUCCGGAGCGUUAUGUACCAUUUGAAGUUCCCAGCCUUUAACUUUACUGAGGUCUCUUUUCUUCUUGGCAACCUUGCAAGUGAUUGUUGCUCGACUUUUCUGUUCAUCUAUUCAGCAACAAUAGCAUGGGCCUGGGAUGUAGGUCCCACAAUAACCCCAUACUCUAAAAAUGGGGUAUACAGAGCACCAUCCUACCAGAGGAUUAAUUCCCCACCAUUUGUCCUAGACUGAACUUGAACAUUUUUUUGUUUGUUUGUUUUCUUAUUCUAGUAUGGAGAUCCAGAUUCCAUAGCCACUGGACUGUUGGGCACAUUCUUUCUGUUUAAUUAUAACAGUGAGGGGAAUAACAAUGAAUGGGGUCGAGUUUUCCUGCCUGUAUAAGUUUUCUGCCUAUAUUUUUUGACAGGUAGGCCUGAAAUAAGAGGUAUACAGACUAUGUUGUCAUCUACUUACCACUUUAGAGAGAAAUAUGACACGCUUUCUCUUUCAGCUUUCUUCUUUGACUCUCUCUUCCACCCUUCCUACACACACCUCCACACACACAAAGUGAGGGGGGAGGCCUGACGUCUUGAUUCUACAACACAUGUCCUACACUUUUAUAACUGUGAUAGCUGUGACACCAGCAUGUUUGUUACAGUCUUCAUUCUCAAAGACAGGCUACCAACACUCUCUAGUGGGGAUUCAAAUCAGUGCCUUUUAGAUUUUUUUAACUGUCUUUUCCUAAAUUUCUUUCAAUCUUUUUUACUCUAAUAUUCUUACCCUUAUCCCCUUGCAGUCAAGUCUUGACUCCGAAGUUUCUCAGGUGCAGGAGGUAGUGCACUGCAGAGCUAAAUGGACCAUUUGGUGCUUUCUUGGCUUAGAGAAUAGUUAGUCCAUUUCUCUUAAGCCUGAACCUCCAGUUUCACAUGCUUCUUAACAUGAAUUGAAAACUUUUUCUCCAUAAUGUGUUUUUGUUUUGUUUUGUUUUUGUGGAACAUGGCAGAUGUGACCCUCAGGACUCAUCAUGUGACCAUCAUGUAUUACCUUUAAGUAUCUCUUUAUGUCCAAAAUGAACCACUAGAUUGUUCCUGUUCCCGCACAGUAGUUCCAGUUUAGAUGGGGAAAGAUGAUCAAAUGUGUAAAGCAACUGAAUCUUUUUGCUUGGGAGUAAUAUAAACUAUCCUGGAUGCUGGUGUGACUUAAUUUAUUAAAAAGAAACUAAAGAUAAGCACAAUUAUUCAUGGUCAAAUAUGUUAAGAUGUACUAAACAUCUGAGUGCUGAACUUUACAUUACUCGCAUUGUAGUUGUCAUCUACAUGACUCAUUAUACAUAUUUUGAUGUAGGCAGUGCAGGGAUUACUCAGUGAAAUAAUGAUGCAUAGCAAGUCUAUAAUGUUUUCAGUCAUUUCUCAUAAUUUGAUAUUUCUGGAUGACUCUUAAAAGGUACAAUAGCAGAUCAUACAAGUACUCUUCCAACUUAAAGAUGGCAGAGUAGUACUGGAAUUUUGAAGCAAGCCUGCAUUUCAUUGCAAGUCUUUUUCACAAAAAAAAACCCUAGGUAUAGGAAUUUAGAUAGUGUUAGACUACUUACCUUUAGCAUAAACAAGGUCCUAGAUUUCAUCCUAGCAUUGUAGAAGAAAAAGAUGGUUGGAGGAAGGAAAAAAAGAAGGAAAGGGAACAUUUCCACCACGAAAAAAUAUACCAUAGCCUGUAACCUGCUAAGUGCUUUGGAGGCUGUAGUAGAGUUUUUCACUGGAAAACAUCACAUGAGUUCAUCUUUCAUUAAGAACUAUUCUUACUUUUCUUAGCACCAGCUCUUAAAUACUGUUUUUAAGAUUUUUCUGCUUGCCUUUUGAUUCCCUUGAAACAUAGUACUCUGUAAGUCUGCUGGAAGGACCAGUAGAUGUUCAAAGAGCAGUGGUCCUGAGUUGUAGCAUAACAUAAAAGAAUUUUCAUAUGUGUCUCCUGGUCCUUGUAAAACCAGGCUGCAGUUUGAUUUCAGGACCCUACAGAACAUUUUGAGCCAAUUUUUCUUUUCCUAUGUCUGAGCUCCCCAACGAACCACCCAGCAGGCUUCUAAAGAUACCCCCAAACCCAUUCAGGGUUACCUAAGUGAGGAUGUGUAGGUUGCCUCCAGGUAUGGGUAUUUCUUUUGAUAUGCCAGUUUGAUACCUAAUGUACUGUCCAUUUGAUGGUUUUUGAAAGUACAUUUUGGCUUUACGUCUUACUUACACAUUUUAAGAACAGAGAGACUCAAAAAUAUUCUUGCAGAUUAUAUUAUUCUUCUUUAUCUCAGAAUCUUUCUGAAACAUGUACAGCUAGUUUCUAUCCUUACAAGCUCUUGGUGGUUAAGGUAAAAUGUGGGCUUCAUCACCAUGUCUUCUACUUAACAGACAGUGUUCUAUACAAGAUUUCUGUUUUUCAGAUUCUGUUAAGUGUAUCUUUAAUAACAGCUCAUCCACAAAUGCUGAUUAAGGGCCUUAAGGUCAAACAGCUCAUAAGUGUGUUAAAAGCACAGUAGAAAAAUGCUAAAGGUCCCAUUGUACUUUUCAAGGGAUUAAAAGCAUUUGAAUCACAAGCCUGUACUAGGCAACCUGGUCUCAUGUAAGCAAUAACAAAUAUGAAUGAGCAAAGGUACAGACCUUGGUCUUUGGGCUCUCUGUAUUUUUUAUUCUGGGAUAUUUUAUUCGUAUCUCACCAGCUUUAAUUAGUCAUAUCUAUACUUCUGGUGAAGAACUAACACCCAAUUUGAGGUGGAUUCAGUUUAAGUAGGUUCCAGGUGUUGAAAGGUCACUAUGUGCCUGCUUUAAACUCAAGUCCAUCACUGCUUCUCUGUGAAAAAAAUUGAUGAUAAAACAGCAAGAACAAUGUAAUUAAAUGACCCAGGCGCACCACUUAACUGUGUCUGUACAUAGCACCUAUACCAAGAAUCAUCUUUGUUCCAGUUUUCUUGAAUCAACAGUUGAUAAUUACUCUUGUUUUGCUUUGCUUUCUACAGUAUCUUGGGUAGAAGUGAAAUAAAGGAUGGCUUAUUUCAUAUUUGUGUAUUGGUUCCAGUAGUGUCCUUAUAAGGUGGAACAACUUUGAAUAUUAUGUUUUUAUGUGUCGUCUAUUUGGUGAUAUAAGUCAUUUGAGGAAUUCAUUUAAAAAUUUAUUCAUUCUGAGCCUAGACAGUAGUUAGGCUUUACAUAUUUGAACUAGUAAAAGAAAGUAUUGUUUACAAGGGAGAGGUAGCUUUUUGGUGGAAAUGAGUCAGACUUCAAGGUUCACUUUUUUCCUCCACUUAAAAUUUUCCUGGAAUUUUGAAAGGUUGUACAUAGUAUGGAAGAACACUUUCUUCCCUAAGGGUGUUAAUAUUAGGUUUUAAGUAAUAAUGUCAAUACUAUACCACUCUCCCCCAAAAACAGCCCUGCCAUACUGAGAUGUCAGCCUCAUAGCUCUCAUUCAAUUUAUUGCCAAGGUCUUUGGUCAUUUAUGUUUAAUGUAGGUAGAUCUUAAUUGUUGUUUUCCUUAAAAUGAGCUAUUUAUAGAGAUUCUGUUAAAAAUUUUGAGCCAUAUGCGCAUGUGUGGAUUCUGAAAAAUUGUGUUUGGUUUAUAAGAAUCUGUAAACAAUUCAUAUUAAUAAACAGAAGUACAUCCAAA